GCCAAAAACCUCUGCUCUUUAUUGUAAUACAUUAUUGUAUAUAAAAAAAAAUGAAUGAAAGUUGCUCCUCAGCUCUUGAAUUGUUUGGACCUUUUUUUUCUGUUUUUUUUGGCAAAACAAGGGGGAAUUGUUUGGACUUGUUGAAUAAAAGAUGCCUUUCAACUUUUAUAAAUAAUUAAUCUUACCAUGUACCACGAUCACAUUAUAUUUCAAAUUGCUCCAUAUCUGAAAAUUUCCGGGUUCGAUCGGAGAGCUUAGCCAUGGCUGUCAAAACGAAACAAGAUCAGAUGACAGUUGGCGUUGCAGUUGAAGCCCUGUGGAAAGCUAUGGCUUUGGAUGCAGUUACUGUCAUACCAAAGAUAAUGUCUAGUGUCCGCAGUAUCGAUGUGAUUGAAGGAGAUGGUGGCCUUGGUUCCGUUCUGCGCUUCAACCUUGCCACUUAUCGUGUAGAGUCCAAUGGAGCACAGACAGAAAAGAUUGUGGAACUUGAUGAGUCUCAUUAUCGAUAUGCUUUACAAGUCAUAAAAGGCCCGGCGCUAACACUGCGCAAUUUUUCGGCAUUGACCACAUUUUUCCAACUGAAGAGAAUCAGAGAGCAGGAGACAUUGGUUGACAUGAAAGUGGUAUACGAGACUGAGAAAGAAGAAGUUAAUAGCAGCGAGAUUGCAAUGCAGCCUGUAACUUCUUACGUUCAACUUCUGGAGAAAUAUUUGCUAGAAUCUUAAUUAGAAUGUGUUAUUUUUAUUGUGUUUUGACAAUUAAUACCAAUUAAUUGUGCUAGUGGUGACCUGGGAAGUUCUCAUGUUGCAUCCCUUCUUUUCUUUAAAAUAAAAAAACUGUGCUAUCAAUAAGGUUUAAGUUUUGGACGAUGCAAAGUUGUAGACGGUGGCAGCUUCUUGAAUUAUUGUGUUGGGCAACCUCACUGCUUCUGUUUAUAUAAUAAUUUCUUUUCAUUGCA